AUGACUAGUUCACUGACCACCUCCGAAGCCAGAGUGAUCCCAAAAUCCAAAGGUUGGCCGGUCCCAGCCUACGGAGGGGUGUGCGGCCGACUUGUUGUGGAAGCCCAUGAGGGAGAACCUUUAGCGUCUCUCCUGCAUGUCCCCUGGCAUCGGAAACUAAAGUUUGCCAAGAAGAUCCUGGAUGCUGCAAUGGAUUUCACUUUUAAACAUGACAGGUUUCGCUUCUAUCUCAUGGAUUGGUCGUUAGACAACAUAGUUGCCAAUGAAAAGGACGAUAUCUCUUUUGUUGACCUUGAAGAUGUUAUCAUCCUUGACAAACACAUAUAUCCUGGAAAGGACCUCCCGUCCUGGUACCAACGGUACAGUAGAGAGAUCAUGGGCUCCGGAUUUACAUUUUCCAUUGAAAACAUGUGUAAACACCACCUGAGUGAUCAUAAUCUUUGGGCUGCUUGCUACAUUUUAGCUGGAGAUGAAAUGCCACUCUUAUAUCCUAUACCUAAGGAUGUCAAUGCAUACAGGCCUUAUUUAGAAAAGCUUUUGAAAGGCUGUCUGAAUGGAGAAGACAGGUUUAGCAGCAUAACCAAGUUACACCAUGUUGUUAAAGAGAUGUUGAUGGAUGAAAAGAUUGUCAGAUGA